AUGUCUUAUGACCGAUACCUGGCCAUAUGUAACCCUCUGCAUUAUACCACCAUCAUGACUAUCAAACUACAACAAUCCCUGGUUAUCUAUUGCUGGGUGUUUGGCUUUCUACUCACCCAAAUUACUCUUAACUUUCUGUGUCAACUUCAGUUCUGUGGACCCAACAUCAUUAAUCAUUUCUUCUGUGACCUCGUUCCCUUUGUUGAACUGUCAUGUUCUUACUCUCAUGCCCUACAGCUAGAGAUCUUGAUUGUUGCAGUCCCAAUAAUGGUCAUCCCUUUUAUUUUAAUUUUUAUUAGUUACAUCUGUGUAUUCAUAGCUAUUCUCGGGAUCUCCUCAACAACUGGUAGGAAGAAAACCUUCUCCACUUGUAGCUCCCACCUCUCCGUUGUGACUGUAUUCUAUGGAACCUUGAUCACUAUUUACUUGGUUCCAGCUAAUGGGCGUUCCUUGACAGUGAACAAGUUUAUCGCCCUGCUGUACAUUGUAAUAACGCCCCUGUUUAACCCAAUUAUAUACAGCUUGAGGAAUAAAGAAAUCAGAGUUGUCAUAGGGAAUUUACUUAAGACUAGGGAAUAUGACAAAAACACGACAUCAAAAUAA